GUUCCCUCGUACUGUCCAAAGACUGAGCAGCAUUUAGUAUUAGUGGAGGAGUAUUGAAGUAGUCCUUGUGGUGGUGGUGGUGGUGAUGGUGGUGGUGGUGUUGUUCUAGUUAGUAGCGCUAGUGCAUUAUUCCUCGUUCUCCUCAUCAGCAAUGUGCGAACCGCGAAAGGAACACGGAACACUGACGGCUCUUCUUGGACUUCAAGCUCAAGCCAAGCAAAAAGUGAACUCAAAGCCACUGAUACCUGAGAAUUAGAAGAUCUUAUGAGGAGUGUGUUUAAUCGGAAGGCUUGUCAGUAAAUUGGCCCACUACUGUAGUUACCAAUUGAAAGCCGUCAACCAAGACAAGAUAGGCCUUAUGGCCCAGUUGCCGCUAGAUAUCGGUGGUUUUUUUUUCGGCCGGCAAACCGCAGUAAGGCGUGCUUCACAAUGUUUCGCAAACGCGUAAUCAUUCCAUCCUUGUGACCAAUUCCUGCUUACGGCUCUCCCAGAAAGAUCAGAUGAUUGAAUCUUUCCUUCCGUCUUGGAGCAUGGUGCCAUUGCUCUUGUAUCGGAAAGUUCUCUUAAUUCUACUUCUUCUCCAUCAGAAUGGAUUCGCAGAGUUGGGUCAUCAUUCAUCAUCGAUAACCAUGGCCAACUUCACAUCCAGAUACGCGCCCGAUCGUCGUUUAAAGGACGUCUUUCCCAAAUUACUCGCCAAGGAGAGAAAUCGAAGGUCCGUCAAUUUCAGACAAAAGGAGAAGCAGAUCUUGGACUCUGUUCUUGGCGUGGGCAUUUACGAUCGGCGGAUCCGACCUGGAGGGGUGAAUAGCACGGAUGGGAAAUCUUCCACUCUGGUUAUGGUCAAUAUUUACCUGAGGUCCAUCAAUGACAUUGAUGAUUACAAAAUGGAAUUUUCCGUUCAAAUCACAUUUAGGGAGCAAUGGAACGACGAAAGGCUCAAAUUUGACGAUCUGGGAGGGCGAUUCCGGUACUUGACCCUGACCGAUCCCAAAAAGGUUUGGAUGCCGGACACCUUUUUCCGCAAUGAAAAGACCGGCCAUUUCCAUGCCAUCCUGGUCAAUAAUGUAUACGUCAGAGUGUUUCCCAAUGGAGACGUACUCUUCAGUAUCAGGAUUUCAAUGACCCUGGCAUGUCCCAUGAAUUUGAAACUCUAUCCCAUGGAUCGUCAAACGUGUUCCAUGAAAAUAGCUAGUUACGGAUAUACAACUGAUGACAUCACGUAUCUUUGGAAAGAAACCGACCCAGUUCAGAUUGCCAAAGGCCUAAGUCUUCCCCGAUUCAGUAUUGAGAAAUACUCCAGCAGCUAUUGUAAUGUCAAAACCAACACAGGCGAGUACAGCUGUCUGUCGGUGGAUCUCGUGUUCAAACGCCAAUUCAGUUAUUAUCUUAUCACGAUCUAUGUGCCGGGCUGCAUGCUGGUCAUCGUGUCCUGGGUCAGCUUCUGGUUGGAUCCACACGCCGUGCCUGCUCGAGUAGCUUUAGGCGUGACCACCCUUAUGACCAUGUCUACUCAAACCGCCUCGAUCAACUCCGCUCUUCCUCCAGUGGCUUAUACCAAAGCGAUAGAUGUGUGGCAAGGUGUUUGUGUAACCUUCGUGUUUAGUGCCUUACUCGAGUAUGCCCUUGUCAAUUAUGCCUUGAGAGCCUCUCGCAACUUUCGGCAUCAUCAAAGGAUGCGACGCCAUGGUUACCACUACUCGGACGAUGACGACGGUGGCGGAGGAGGUGGUGGAAGAGGAGGAGGAGGAUGUGAUGGAUAUGACAAUGACGAAUAUUACGGCCACGAGGAUUCCAAUCAUGAUCAAGAUGGGAACGGGUACAUGUUUGACCCACUUCAGGGGAAUCGGUACGCCGGUCCAAUUCAGCGCCAACGAAGGAACCAAUCUCAAUACGGCGGCAGAGGAGGAGGAGGAGGAGGAGGAGGUGUAUUCAGUCCACACUCGUCAAGCUGUGCCUUACACAAAGAAACCAAUCUGCUAUUGGCCAAUGCGGGGAGUUUCUCGUUUGGCAGUUCUGGCGGAAGCUUUUUUCCCAACUCGCUCAACCAUGUGGCCAAUAGCAGCAGCAACAAUCCAUCAUCCUCACCUUCAACCAGUCAGAGUGGAAGUGCGCCAGUUGGACCCACGGGCAAUGGGACCACGGGUAAUGGAGCAACGGUUCCAAAAACUGUAGACGAAACCGCUCUUUGGGGGAGUCUCUCGAGGAUUGUGACCUUGCCAUUUGCCAAACCAAGGCAAAUGGAGAAGGCCAAACGAAUUGACGUGAUCUCGAGAUUUCUAUUCCCAAUGGUGUUUGCCAUUUUCAAUCUUGCUUAUUGGAUCAAUUAUUUGAUCCAAGCUCGAGCCGAAUACGAUCUCACACAAGUGAUCAAAGGUGGAGGAUAAUGAAGAAGCAAAUAUUGCAAAAGUUGUCCCCAGCUUGUGUGCUUUACUUUCAUUUUAUCCCAGAAACUGCAAUCCCACCCUGAAUGUACAAUCCUUGUUCUUUACUCACUCCCAAGACCAAACCGAGUACCCAUAUCAUUCACGUUUUCAAUAUCUCUAAAUCAAAGGUCUCAAUAAACUUUCGUUAGUUGCACGCAAA